AUGCCUUUCAUGUCGCUCUCCUCCGCUCGUUCCAUGUGCAGCAGGGCCAUGAUCCUUACCAGCAAGGAAGGACGUCUGUUGGUCAGGCUCCUGGCCAACUUUCAGGACGCCAAAGUUGGGCAGUUCGUGCUCGCCAAGUUGCCGUACUCUGUUGAGUCUGAUAGCGCGGUGCUUCAGCAUGGAGCUCAAGAUGCUCAUGUACAAACCGAAGACAACCAUCAGGUGGGGGAAGCUGGCCCUGUCUUUGUCUCUCAUGGCGGAGACAAUGAAACGAGUGCUGACCAUGAACAGCAACCAAGCCCAGACAAGGUCUUUGUCAUCGACGAGCUCAUUCGCGACAAAGGAGGCAAGCUCAUCGACGUACUGCUUCGCGAGCUACACCAUCAUCUGCAAGCAGACGAGGCAUGCGCCGACAGCUAUCACUUGUUCGGCAACCAGCUCGGGACCGGCUGCUGGCUGGGUCCAGAUGCUCCUCUUCACGCUGCUACUAGGACUAUCAGCCUCAGCAAGAUCGCUGAAGUCGUCUCGAAGGGAACGACCAAGGCCGAGCCGUUCAAACUUGACGUGAUUCCCAACAGCACGGACGCUCCUCGCGGAGAUCUUGUGUUUGAGCGCAUCUUCAAGUCGACCUGCCCAGCACACUGCACCAACGGCCUCCUCGAGAACCCCGAACGCCUCCGAGCUGUCUAUCGAACCCUCCCCGGCACCAUGCUCACGCUGCAGGACCACAAGCCCAUCUGCCCCAUCUGUAUGGGCUCUAGGCUCCUCGCCGACCAAGUCGGGCUGAUUGCAGAAUCCGAGGAAUAUAUGGGAAUCUACAACAUGGAGCUAGCAUACUGCCGUCUGCUCGAACGUCUCGCUCGUCCCGGCUACGAGUGCAACUGGGAGGAACUCGGAGACCUCUUCUACCCCGGUCCUGCCAACCCUGCUGGACGACGACGAGUUCGAACGGUGGGAUGA